GGCCCGCCUCCCGCCGUGUCGCGGCGCACGUAGGUUCCCCGACCUGACAGGUGCGCGGCCCGGGCCGGCUGGGCUCUCAGAGCCGAGACGUGGGGCCCCGACCCGGCCGCGGGGCUGGGCCCGCUCCGUCGCCCCGACCCCGCGUGGUCCGCCAACUCCCUUCUGCGCGCGGAGAGGACGGGCAUUGUUCUCGGGGCCCCGGAGAGCGCGAGAGCGGCCUGAGGUCUGUGCGCUGGGGCUCGGGAAGGCGGACGCGACUCCGCUUGCGCGAAACGAGCGAACGACACAUUGUCUUGGUGCUCCAACAGGGCCCCCGAGCAGGACUGGAGGCAGUCAGAGAAGGACCAGUGGGAGCAGCUGGCAGAAAGCAGGCGGCAGAGGGCCGAGCUGGCCAACCAUCUUCGGGCAGUGCUGGAGGCCCUUUUGGAGCAAGCCCUUGUGCUGCAGAGGCGAGAGCAUGAGCUGGGACUCAGCUGGUCCUGAAGCAGAAACCUCCUCCCAGCAGGUGGAGUGCUCCCUGGCCUGCCUGGAGCAGGAGAGGCACCAAAGGCAGGGAUCCCAGGGACAGGCUGAGUGGAGGAGGCCAGACCAGGACAUAGAAGACAAGAUCCUGCUGCUGCAGACAGAAGUGGAAAAGGCCCAGUGGCGUUUGGACCAGAUGACCCACAGCCUCUUGGCCCAGAGCCCAGCCCGGGGAUACCCCAAUACACUCCAGGUCCCGGAGGUACCAGUGCCCCUCAGGAAACAGCUAGAAGCACAAGAAUCACAUCCCAGGCUUCAUGAGGAGAUGGCUGAGUACUGGAGGACACGCUGGCACCAGGUGGCAGUUGCCCUGAAAUUUAAAGAGGAGGAAUUGCAGAGACUCCAGAGGCAGAGUGGGACCUGGCCUCCCCAGCCUCAGCUUGUGGAUCCAGAGCUGGGUACUGAGCCGUACUGGACCAGUGGGCCCCCUCCUGGGAUCGCUGGACUUGGAGCAGAAGAAUUCCUCCAGGACUGGACUGGACACACAAAACUUGGGAACUGUCAACUGCCCUGUUAUUCACCUCGUGAAAAAAGCUGGAUUUAAAUGAGAGCGAAUGGAGCUGACAAUUCCCAGAAACUCGAAUUGAGAUGGUGAGAUUUUAGUUCAGCCCAGGGCGGUCUCAUGAGUGGGUGGUAAAGUUGAGCUUUGAGGUGGUCUUCAGAAGGAGAGGAAUACCCUCCGCGGGCAGAGCUUCCCGGGUUCCGGGCCCUUUGGGACGUCAACACAGGUCUAGCUGCCCUUAGGCUCCUCCGCACACCCUGGUUCCAAUAAUAAAUCCCUUUCCUCUCUGCCGCCA